AUGAAAGCCACAAGAGACAACCAGCUUGGAAUGAAUCUCGUGAAGGCUCUGCUGCCGAGGGGUCCGCAUCUGGCUCGUCGGAUGAGCACGAACCCGAGUAUGACCAUGGAGGAGAUGCUGAAGAGGAUCGGGAGCUACCUCGUGCCGCACUCGGACAAGGCCAUGCUGGAUCCGACGCAGAUCCCCGGAACGCAGGCAGAGCUCCCGGAGCGAAGGAUGCAGGACUCUUUCUGUGAGGUGGUCCUCCCGCUUGGCUCGAACAAGGACCUCCAUCCCCGGUAUCUGACCAAGGCGGGAGGGGUGCGCAUCGGUCGACUCCUAGAGGACAUGGACGUCUUUGCCGCAUGGGUCACCCUCCACCACCUCCUCAACCCAAAGGAGGACGAGUCUCAGCCCCUUCCGUACACCAUCGUCACUGCUUUGGUGGACGAAAUCAGCUUCAUCAAAGGGAAGGUUUCCCCAGACAAGGAUCUGAGACUGAGUGGGCACGUGAGCUGGGUCGGCAAGUCUUCCGUCGAGGUGAGCCUUGCUUUGCACCAGUGGGGGCCGGAGGGGCAACCAUGGAACUUGAUCACCCAUGCGCUAUUCGUGAUGGUGCUGCGUGAUGCCAUACGAGACCGGGGUGUUCCUGCAAACCCACUCAAACUUGGAAGUGAAAGCGAAAUUCUACUGUACAAACGAGGCGAGGCCAAUGCCUUGAGGCGCAAGAACACCAGAGAAGAAUCUCUGCUUAGGAAGCCUCCAAACGAGCAGGAGCGCAUCAUCAUUCAUGACCUUUUCCUUUCCACACUCGAUCCAUUGAGGCACACCUUCCAGUCGCGUGUUAAACCUCCAGGGCACAUGUGGAUGGAGGAUGCCAAGCUGAAGAACGUCAUCAUCUGUCACGCAGAGUUCCGCAACCGCUUUGGCAAGAUCUUUGGCGGGUUCAUCAUGCGCCAGGCGUUCGAACUGGCAUGGGCCAACGCAUAUGUUGUCAGCCGACAGGCGCCCACGAUUGAGUUCAUAGAUGACAUUUGGUUUCGUCGCCCAGUGGAGGUUGGAUCCCUGUUGUACAUGGCAUCCCAAGUCGUAUUCACCGAAGGGUGUCACCUGCAGGUGCGGGUGAGUGCGGAAGUGAUGAAUCCAGUCGAUGGUCAAAAGGAGGAGACGAACGUGUUCCAUUUCACUUUUGUCGUACCAAAGGAGGUGGACAGAAUGCUCCCAAAGGCGUAUCAUGAGUCCAUGCUCUAUCUGGAGGGUCGGCGGCAAUUUGUUGCACGUUGUGAGAUGUGGGCCUUUUUGGGCCUUCCAGCCGUGAGUGGCUUCACAGGAGCCCUCUUCGGCCUCCUCGUGCUGUUUGUGGUCUGGAUGUUCCUCAACUCCGACAAAUCGGUCGGCAAAAGUGCCAGUGAGUCAUUUGUGAAAGCAGAGCCUCCCACAGAAGAAGCAGAGCCUCCCACAGGACUAGCAGAUGCUCCCAUGAGAAAAGUAGAUGCUCCCACAGAAAAAGUAGAGGCUCCCCCAGGACAAGAACCAGGCAAGGCAAAGGUGAAGAAGGCCAAGAAAUCUUGCUGCUCGGAUGGAGGCACUUGCUGCAGCAAGAAGGAUGAGAACCUGCUGAAGGUCCUCCCCAGCAUCCAGCGAGUGCUGCUGCUGUAUGGGUCUCAGACAGGCACUGCUCAGAGAUUCGCUGAGGAGCUGUACGAGUACCUGGGGAGCUUGGGUCUCGACGUCCAGAUCCAUGGCAUGAAGGGGUUCGACCCGGAGGAUCGACUCGUCGACGAGGUGCGGAUCCUCGUUUCACGAUGCGGAUCUCAUGCGAGUUCGAUCGCUGAUGGUCUUCUCGAGGGGACGGCGUUCCUGUUCCUCCUGUCGACCCACACGGACGGGGGCCCUCCGGAGUCAGCGGCGUGGUUCCACCGGUGGGUGCUGGAUGCGGCCGAGGACUUCCGGGUGGAUCACACCCUCCUGCAGGGGAUGGCGUAUGCCGCGUUUGGCCUCGGGAACUCGGCCUAUGGACCCGACUUCAAUAAGGCGAGGAUUCUUCGUUGGGAGGGCUUUGGCUGUGGUUUUUGUUUUUUGGCAUCGAAGGAGCUGGAUGCUGCUCUGGUGAAGCUGGGAGCCAAGUACUUCAUACCCCUGACACUGGGAGACGAGGACGGGGCGGCCAGCGCAAAUGGAGGCUUGGACAAGGACUUCGCAGAGUGGAAGAAGCGGGUCCAGGCCGCGCUGUUUGGCAGCGACGAGGCUGGGAAGCCGAGGAAGAAGAAGGACUCGGGGCACCAGUGCGGCUGCGGGAGCAAAGACGGCAAGGGGGGCGGCGACGGCCACCAGAGUGGGAGCUGCUCGUCAGAGUGUUCGUCGGACGAGGACGAAGGGAAGGAUGAGAAGGGAGGAGGGGAGAAGGUGAUGGACAUGGAGGACCUGGGCUCUUACAUGUCGCAGCUUCUUAGCGCGAAGAAGGGGAAGCGGCCGACGCCGGAGGGUCGUGGGGAAAGCGGGGUGAAGGAGAUGAUCACCCCCGAUCUGAGGGAGGCUCUCACCAAGCAAGGCUACCGGCUGGUUGGCACCCACUCUGGGGUGAAGAUGUGUCGCUGGACCAAGUCGAUGCUGCGCGGUCGGGGUGGAUGCUACAAGCACGCAUUCUACGGGAUCGAGAGCCACCGGUGCAUGGAGGCCACGCCCAGCCUGGCCUGCGCCAACAAGUGUGUCUUCUGCUGGCGCCACCACUCGAACCCCGUCGGGACCGAGUGGCGAUGGAAGACUGACGACCCCGAGGACAUCCUCCGCGAUGCGCUGCAGCACCACUACGGCCUGAUCCGGCAGUUCAAAGGGGUGCCCGGUGUGAAGGCGGACCGGAUGGAGGAGGGGCUGGCGGCGAAGCACUGCGCGCUGUCCCUGGUCGGGGAGCCCAUCAUGUACCCGCACAUCGAUGCUUUCCUCCGGCUCCUGCAUCGGAGGCGGAUCUCGUCCUUCCUGGUGACCAAUGCGCAGUUCCCGCAGCCCAUGAGGCCCCGGACCGAGAAAGAUGAACUCACUUUGCUUCUCUCUGUUAAAAUGGAAUCCAGGGAGCUGUCACCGGUGACGCAGCUGUACGUGAGCGUGGACGCGGCGACGAAGGAGCGGCUGAAGGGCAUCGACCGACCCCUGUUCGGGGACUUCUGGGAGCGAUUCCUCGAGUGCCUGGAGGUCCUCAAGGACAAGGGUCAGAGGACGGUCUACCGACUCACCCUGGUCAAGGGCUGGAAUGAUGAGGAGGUCGAGGCCUAUGCCCAACUCGUCGAUCUCGGGUCUCCGGACUUCAUCGAGGUCAAGGGCGUGACGUACUGUGGGACGUCGAAGAACGCCACGGGGGGCCUGACGAUGGAACGCGUCCCCUGGCACGAAGAGGUGGUCCGGUUCGUCGAAGCCCUCCAGCGCCACCUGGACGAGGACUACGAUUUCGCCUGCGAGCAUGAGCACUCCAACUGUGUCCUCCUUGCACAUCGCAAGGUGGAGUUGCGUGGGAAAUUCCGAGUGAACGGGGAGUGGCAGACGUGGAUCGACUACGACAAGUUCCAGGACCUCGUGGAGGAGUACUACGAAUCCGGGGGUUUCAAGUCCUUCACCUCUCUCGAUUACACGGCCCGGACCCCUCCGUGGGCCCUGUACGCGUCGACGGAGAGGGGCUUCGACCCGCAGGAGACGCGCCACCGAGGAAAGGGCAAGGGCAAGGCCCAGAGGCCGAAGGAUGGAGGCUGCUGAAUCCGAUGGACGAUGGCAUCGCCCUCCUCGUGAUGUGUCGGCCGACGGUAGCGGCCGGGGACGCCUGCCUCGUGUAGUCUGUAGCGUUCCCUCCCCCCGACUUCAAUGUUUGGAGAUGGUGACCUCGAUAGUUGUGAG